UGAGUGAAUGUCAGAAAAUUUUGUCAAACACGGAGAAUUUUAUUUAGACGGAAUUUGUUGAAAAAUCACGGAAAAUUGAUGUAAUUUCUCGUUGUAUUCUGCAAUUUCUGUUAUGAGGUGAGUUAGUGCACUGAAUUUAGUGAAGAAAGCAUAAAAAUACAACGAGAAAGUGCUUGAAAAGGUGUGAAAAAGUGAGACAAGUUCGAUGGGGGCAAAAAAUGGAUCAUUUUGUCAAGAUACUUCCAUCUCGAAAAUAUGCAUAAAUUAAUUGUGCUGCGGAAUGGGAAAAUGCAUAGAAAUUGUCGUGAAUGGAAUUAACCCGGUGCUUGAUUUAUUGGCAGGAAUGGAAAGUGAUAAAUAUGAGCAGAAGCUUUAUCAGAUGUUCAGUAGCUACGAUAGCGAAGAAAGGAAUACACUGAACAAGGAGGAGCUCACAAAACUCUGCAUAUCGCUAGAACUCAGGGAUGCUGGUGCUUCACUGAUUGCCGAUCUGUUUGCCAGCACCCCAAAGGGGGACAAGAGGGUAUCAUAUGGGGAAUUCAAAGAGGCCCUCCUGAAAUUUCUGGGCAACGAAAUGCCACCAGCAAAUUCCUAUGAAUCUGAGACAACAAAUGAUUCACAUGAAGUCGAAACCUCCAGCAGCAGUAUUCCCUUAUCACCAGGCAGAGAAGUCUCACCCAAAUGCAUCGUCGGAACCAAAAAGUACGGCAGACGCUCCCGACCAACGAGCGCCAACCUGUCUUCGUCAUCACUCUCCGAGUCAGACAAUGAGCCCAAUCCCGAGACUGAAAAGACUUCUGGGUCAAAGGUCAAAGAGGUACAGAAAUCCGCCUCUCAGAAUGAUGUUCAUGGGUACAAAAGGGUGAUUGGGUCAAAGUUGAAACGUUGUGCCUCCCUGCCGGCCCAGCGGAAUCGCCAUGAGCACACCAAAUCCCUCCAGACGCAGCUGGAAGUUGUUCAAUCUGUUGAUUUUUCGCCCGAGUCAGAUGUUGUGCCAUUCGAUGUGAUUGUGGACAUGUUGGAGAACGCUGGUGUUCUCCAGGCAUCAAAUCUUCUCGGGAAUCUUGGCUUUAGUGGGCGACAGAUCAACAUUAGUGAGUUGUCAGCAUCAAUUGAUCACGAAUUGCAAGUGAUGCGGGAAAAUGCAGCAGCAAUUCCUCUACUGAGGGCUUCCCUGGUGCUGCACAAGGCGGAAGUUAAUGGACUUCAAGUGGCUCUGCGUCAACUGGCAUCGGAGAAUCAGAAGCUUCAUUCGGAUAACCAGAGUGCUAAUCAACGUGCCGUGCUGCUGGCACAGGAAAUUGACGAGAGACACGCCAAUAUUGAAAAUUCAACUCGUUCUGAGAUUCGUGCCUUGGAGCAACGUCAUGCGGAAACAAUUCGUGAGCUCACACUACAGAUGACUAAAGAUCGAGAACAAUUGGCAGCACUCAAUGGGAAACUUGAAGAGAGGAUAAAGUACUUAGAAUCAGAACAGACACGCCUCAAGAAUGACAAUGCGGUGCUCAGGAGUGAAAAUAGUGCCUUUGAGAGUGAACAGACAAAAUUUCAGGGAAUUAUAGCGGAAUUGACGGAGACAAAUCACAAGUUAAAUGCUGAAAUUGCCGAAUUGGGUAGUCGACAGGAUCAGAGUGAGGUUGAGAGUGAGGAGAUUCAGAUGUUGAUGCAGAAGGUGAGUCUGGUGCAGAAGGAAAAUGUCGAUUUGAGGGAUAAAAAUGAUGAGCUUUGUGCGGAAAUUGAGAGUGUUUCCAUGGAAUUGAAGAAGAUGCGUGCAAUUAAGGGGGUAUCAAAGAGUCCGACAAAUUCAGAGUAUGGGGAUGAGGGGGCAUCUGGGGACAAUGGGGAUGAUGUUGAACUCAAUGUGGCUAAUACCUUGGCUAUUAAGAGACGAGGAGAUUCACCCAGUAAGAGAAUCAAUGAGGAAAGUCCUCGUUUGGGAAAGUUCCGGAAGUACAGUGAUGAUUCGGCUGAGAUGUCGGAUAAUCCAGCUGAAUGGGGUGCACUGAAUAUGGAAUUGGAGCAGGCAGAGAAGAAAACCGAAGAACCUUCAAUGUCAAAAGAUAUCCCAGAAAUUCAAAUACAAACAGAAGAUAGAGCACAAAAAGCUUCAGAUUCUGAAGAGAUUGAGAAAUUGAGGGAGCGUGUAGGUGAAUUGGAAGCCAGCCUGGAGCUGAUGAGGAAGGAAUUUGAUGACUGUGAAGACUACUGGCAAUCGAAGCUAAACACAGAGAGGCGAAUGUUUGAGGAGGAACAGACUCAAUGUGAUGAAAAACUUUCGGAAUUGCUGCAAAAAAUGAUGGAAUAUGAGGAACAAUUCAAGACAGAGAAAUCCUCCGGAGGACGUUUGACUCCAAUUGAGGAGAAGGAUAAUCUAGAACAGCAAUAUGCUGAAUUAGAAACGGAAAUUAAUGAGCUCAAAAAUAAGAAUUCGUCCCUGUUGGCGGAGAAAACGGAAGAAAUCACAGAGUUGAAGAAUCAAAUAAAGACUUUAAUGGAGGCCAGUCACAAUCAAUCUGCAUGGAAUUCAUCAGCUCAAUUUGAUGGGCAUGAUGAUGGAAGUUCAGCCAGUUCACCCAUGAAUUACCUCUGGAAUCAGAGUACAAUUCAUGCACCAGCCAGGGACUAUCACAAUCCCAAUUGGCAGCAGGAGGCAGAGAGGAAAAAGUCACCGCCACAGGGUAUUGAAUGCUUGACCACAACUGAAACGUCCACUUGGGCCUUCUCGCCCGAGAGAGUGCCUGCCAUUUCGCCUAUCCAGAAGCCUAAGAGACAGACGGACUCCGACGAUGCUUCCCGGAAGCCAGAUGUUGCCGAUGAAGCAAAUGUUUCGGUCAAAAGUGGAGGAGGGUCCUCCCACAGCGGAGCUUCAACAUACAACAUACGCACUAAUGCGAGUCCGGAUGGAUUUAAGAAUGAAAUACAGGAAUUAGCAACAAUUAAGAAUCACUUGGAGGAUGAAAUUAAAGAAAUUACAUACAAGAGAGAUUGUCUUCUGAUGGAAGUUCAACAGCUUUCUUAUGUGAAACCAACACGCACGGAAGCUGCUAAAAUGGCAAAUGUGAAUUUAACAACACGUAUUCAGCAUUUAGAGCAGAAAAAUCGCCAAUUGCAGGCAGUUCUGAAGCAACAGCAACACUAUGCUGAAACAAUAAUGCAUCAAACUUGGCAGCAACAGAGAUCGGAAAUUAGUGAAUUGAGAAAUCGUCUUGAGGCUCAGUCCAUUAUAAUAACUGAACAGGCUCAGAGAUUGGCAAAUGCAGAUAUUCUGGUGAAGGAUCUCUAUAUUGAAAAUUCUCAUCUAACAUCAAAUAUGCAGCGUCUUGAGCAACAAAAUAGUAGAAAUGCAUAUCUCUUUCAGUACUCAGCUCCAGGUUCUAAAUUGCCGUAAAAAAAAGCAAUUGCAAUUCCCUCUUUGAAAAUCCGCCUUGAUUCGUGUUUGCUUCGUGUUUUUUUUUCUUUUUGAGACGUAGACAAAGGAAAAGACAAGUAGCUUUUAAAAGUUUUAUGAAAAAUGAAAAGAGUGAAAACGUUGAGGCAGAAAGUGUUUAGAAAGAGCACAGAAACUUUUGUAAAAGACAGAGCUUUAAAAAGUAACACAUCUCAAUUUUCUAACUAUUUUCUCUUUUAGAGAUUUUCUUUACAAAUUUUCCGAGUUUUUUUUUUUCAAGUGAAAAUCUCCUUUAUUUAGGGUAAGUGUGCCAAAUUCCGGCCAGUUUGCAAUUCCGGCCAGUUUGCAAUACCGGCCAGUUUGCAAUUCCGGCCACCUUUUUUGUUCCUCUAAUUUCCAUGAAUUUCAAGUUUUUACUUACUCUAAAGAUUAUACAAUGCAAAAGAAUAACAAAAAAUGUAGCUUCGACAAACGAGAUGACGCGAAAAAAACAUUGGAAAAAUUCCCGAAGGGCAAGGAACUAUGAGAAUGAAGGUGGCUGAAAUAGGGCACGAAAGCUAUGUCUACAUUUUUAUUCAUUUAAAAAUGUAUUAAGAAUGAUUUUAGAGUAAAUAAAAACGAUUAAUUGUCUACAAGGUUUCAAGCAACACGCUUUAAGAAAAAGGAAUAAAAAAAUCAAUUUGUAUUAAUAAUAUUACAUUUCAAACUUGAGACUUUGCCACUUGCAUGCAACUAUGCCGAAAUUUGGCACACUUACCAUAAUUACUUGUACCAGUUGUUUAUCUUUUUUUUUCUUCCGUUUUAGUAACAGAGUAAAUGAAAUUAGUUUUGAGUGAUAUUGCGUAAUAGUUUGUAGAUAAACUUUUUUAUAGAAAUUUAUUUUUAGAAUUAAUCAAUUUUCAACUCAUUUUUUUUCUUUUUGUUCUUUUCCCUUUGAAAUAUUUCCCUAAUCUAACUUUUACUAAGACCUUACAGAACUUAGAAAAAAAUAAUAAUAAUGAGUGAAAAUGUUGAAGAAUAGGACGACAAAAGACAGUUGAUAAUAUCGUGUGAAAAUUCUUCUGUAUUAAACACAAAAAAAAUAUUUGAGAAAUAAUGUAACUUAUAUUAAUUUCAUAAUUUAUUUCUGUAAUCUUUUAUUUGAAAUGCAAUUUAACUGAUAUUUUAAUCAA